AAUUUUUUUAAAUUAUAGAAAAUAUUUUUAUUUUAAAAUUUAUAAUAUUAAUUAAAAUAUAAUAGAUAUAUUUUAGUAUUUUUAUAAUUCUCAUUUAAAUUUUUUAUUGAAAAUAUUUAUUUUUGUAUUUAUAUUAUUUUAAAAAGAAAUUAUCUUUCCGCAACCGUUUGCAACCGCAAACGCUACCUGAAACCAGCUUUUGAAUUUUUGAGGUUUAGAACAGUUUAAAACGGUUUAAAACAGUUUGGAUGAUUGUUGCAAAACACCAACAACCGCUACCAACCGCAAAAGCUGCGUUUGCAGGUGGUAGCAUAAAAUCCAGUCAUACCCUGACUAAAAUGUUGGAUUAUGGUUUCAAUUUUAUUGGCUGUCUCCGAAGGGACCUCUUACAUUUUCAUGAAAGGCUAUUAAGCGUAAUAUGACGAAAUUGUCUUUUCACAUGAAGGAUAUACUAGUUAGAGAUUAGAGAAAGGAUCAUAAAAAAACCUAAUAAAUAUGACAAGACUCGCCUAAAAAUAAAGUGAGCAAUGGUUUAUGGUUUUGAGAAAUAUUCUUUGUCGCUUUACAACCUUAUUACUCUUUCGAAGCUAGUUGACUAUUUUUGUGUUCUCCUUUUACCCACUGUUUUCCUUUUCGUUUUGAUCAACCUGCUUUGAAAGUCCCUUCAUGUUUUUAAAAUUUUACCUCUUUUAUCUGAAUCCCUGGAUAAUAAACUGCUCUGCCUUUUAUCCACCGGGUUCAGCUUCCGAUCCGGGUCGGAGGGCCGGAGUCCACCACCACUGCAGCACCGGUAAGCAUAUGCCCAAUAGUUAUACUUGUUUGUCCCUCAUCUAAACUAUCCUCUUGCUAGAUCUUUGUUGAUAACAGUGAACCUUCUUGAGCUCAACUCUAAGAACUUCUCAGCAAAGCUCUUAUCUGAAUCUCAUAGAGCUUGCUCUAAGAACUCUCUCACUUUUAAAGUGUUGAAGCCAAAAGAACUUGUUUGUAGAAUAUAAAAUACACUAAAAUUGCGUACCAUUGACUAUGAAAUAUUUUGAAAAACUUGUUUGUAGACAACGUUCAUUGUUUUUGUCUACAACUUCCCUUGUUUAUCCGUUAUUAGAAUUUUUAAUCCAGAUCUCGACUUUACUCUUGAAAGUGCAACAUAUAAUUAACUGCCCAUGAGAAAACACUGGUCUAGGUAGAAACAAACCAACAUUUUGCAGCGUUUGACUUUGACUUUUAUUGACAGUCAUCGCAAAAGGCAAUGUAACUGGAAAAUGUCUUCGAUGCGUUCUAAAGAGAAACUUUGUAUCAAGUGGUGUGACAAACAUUCUAGGGAUCCAAACUGGCUCUUCGGUAAUAUUGUUUCUUGUUAUACUUCUACCUUGUAUGACAUGGGACAAUAACUGAGUAACAAUUAUCCUAGUACCAUUACAUAAACCAUCUGCAGCAUCAAUGUUACGAAGACACAUGAUAUGAGCACCAACCAUGAGCUUCAAACAGUGUCUAGAAAGUCCAGCGACUUUAACACUGUUCAAAAACUCUAUAGGAUAUACCACAUUUUCUUCUAUGUCGACUCUAACCUUCUCUAAUUUUUAAAAAUGCCUUAUAUGUACAAUAUACUUGAAUUCUGAGUUCAUUGUAUAUGAAUGAGCUAUGAAAUAUAUAAUAUUUUAUAUAUUUGGUACCUUCAAGUGUUGUACAUAUAAGGCAUAUAAUUGAUUCACUAAUAACUCUCUUUUUGAUAUAAAAUUAAGUAUAUACAAAAGUUUCAGCAACUAAAUAUUCAAAUAUGUAAGAUGAAAAAAAUAUAAGGAUAUGAGUAUUGGUCAAGUAUUUGUUUUACUUUUACUAUAUCAAUAUUAUUCAUUUCUGACUGCAACAGUUAUUACACUUUCCGAGCGGAGAUCUUCCUAUAUAUUGGAACAUUGGUUUAAUUUCGCAUAAUAGUUUUUACUUUUUGGAAGGUAAUAAAAAAUGCAAUACUAUUGGUUAAGGUAAUACAACUUAGGGAAAAAGGUAUGUAAUAUGGUCAGGUAUCUUGGAAUAUAUUCAGUAUCGUGACAGGAAAAACUGUUCCAAUUUUCGAAAUUUGAUACAUCAUAAAUUUAACAUUUAAUUUUAAAUCUUAAAGGAAUUAGAGUAUGUCGUUAUAUGAUCUUUUAUUAAGAAAAAAAAUUAGAGUAUGUCGUUAUAGCCGAGGAAAAAAAAAGAGUCGUUAUGUUUAAAUUUUCCUUAGGUUAAAAUGUUUUGCUUGUUUAGCAAGCAUCUUGCCUUGAAAGACAUGUAACUAUUCAUUAUUAACAACUAGGGUCGGCCCGGCUAGAUAUAUUUUACUUGUGAUUUAGGUUACUAUUUUUUAUAUGAUUUUGUGGGUUUUGUUUUUGGUUUACAUUUGCAAUAGAUGUAUAUGAUAAUGAUUUUUGUCUUUUGAAAGUUGUAGGUGAAGAGGAAUUAUAUGUGAUUAAAUAUAUUUUGUUUGUUUGCAAUAGUUGUUUCUUUAUUAAAGAGUUGUGGCAUUGUUAUGUUGUGAGGGCUUCAAAUGGUCUUCAUGAUGUUUCCUUUAAAAAAAAAAUUGAUUAUGUAUUUGGUAUGUUAUUUGUGAUUUGUAACAUUUAGGUUGAGAAGGAUUUGGUUGUGGGUAAAUUUUUAUGUAUGUUAUAAAAGUAAUUAUCCUUUAUGUUGAAAUCAUAGAUUUUGGACAUAUUAUUUGAAGUUGCAUUUCUUAUUAAAAGUAAAAUGUUAAACUAAAUGAGAAGAAUGUAUUAAUGCAAAGCUAAUCAAAAUAAGAACACAUUGAAACUGGAAAAUGUGAAAACUGAGUAGUGGCCGAUGAGUGUAGGCACUUGUCAAUCACCAUAAAACCAACACUAAGAAUUUCUCCAUUUGUUUAUAGUAAUAACAAUCAAUAUAUUGUUUUUCAAGAUUAUUGAGAUGUGGUGGCAUUGUAAAGAUCAUAUUAGUCUCAGCAUUUGUCUGCCCGAGACAUGUUGGUUUUUGUUCAUGACGUUCCAUAAAUUUCAUGCAUUCCUCAUGUUUUCAUGUGCAUAACAAAAUUAUGGUAUAAAGAUAGUUACUUCACCACAGUUGUUGUUUGCUAAUAUGUGAAGAUGUUUUAGUCUUGUGGCGGUUUUGUUUCAAAGUCAAAAAUAAUUUUUUUCUAAUAAUAAUUCUUGUAUAGAUUAGGUAAAUAUUUUCUUACUUAAUCUCAUACACUGACUUCUAGAGUCAUUCAUCUGAACUGAACGGUUUUGGGAUCUUUUAAAUUCUUUAUAUUACAGUUAAAAUUAAAAGCAAAGAAAAACACAUUGGUUAAGUAUGUAUUUGGUUUAAUAGUUGUUCUUAUUUGAGAAAUUUUGGAUAUAUGUGGGUUGAAUAAUUAUUUUCGUGGUUACUUUAUUUUAUAGGGUUUUAUUAUGAUUUUUCACUAUUUUUUGGAAUUAAGUAAAUUUAUACUUUGAUGGUUGAGAUGAUUUCAAUAGAAAUGUGUUCUUCUUUAUUUUGGUAAUAUAAAUAUUUUGAUUGGUUUAUUUUAUAUUUUCUACUUUCAUUUAUACUCCUAUAUCUUAUUGUUAUUAUUACGCUUCAAUUUAAAAUUUAUAAUUACUAAAAAAGUAUUUUCAUAUCAGUAUUAAAUUAGUUGUAUUAAAACUCUCUUUGACAUUCAUUAAGUUACUACAUUUAUUUGCAUAUGGUUUCUUUAAUGUGUUAUUAUAUAAAUACAAUUUUCAUUUAUUUUUAUAAUUAAUUCUUUAGUUCUAUUUUAUUAUAUUUUUCUCAAUUAAUUUUUAAAAAAAUUUUAAAAUUAUUUGACUUAUUCUUUUUUUUUAUAAUAUUUUUUUUAGUUUCUCGUAUUUCUUGUGUUUCACGCGGAGUAUUUGUUAUUGUAAAAUAAAUUCUUAUUUUCAGAAUUAUUUUUAUGUUAUUGAAUUAUUUUUUAAAAAAAAUUCAUAUUCUUUUUAUUAGUUAUUUUUAGAAUCAUAUUUUUUGUUUGAGAUAUUUUCACAAACGCUAAUCACGUUUUGUAGUAUAUAUACACGGAGAGAGAUGAAUGUAUAGCUUCAGACAGUAACAGUCUAACAAAUAGUAUACACAACGGUAUUAUGUUGGUAACAGAUCAAAGAGCAGAGAGAUCAGAGUCGAAACAUAUGAAGAAAGGAUCUUGCAAGAAUCUUAAACUCACCAAUAUGAUGGAGAAGUGGAGGCAGUGUAACAAAGGACACUUCUCUGCGUACACCAGAGAAGGCAGGAGGUUUGUUUUGCCGUUGGAUUAUCUGAAACGUCCAAUCUUUCAGGUCUUAUUGGAGAUGGCGGAGGAAGAGUUCGGUUCCACAAUUUGUGGCCCUUUAAAUGUUUCUUGCAAUGGAGGUUUGAUGGAUCACAUCCUCGUGUUGCUCAGAAAGAAGAGUUUGUCUAGCCAUGGUGGUGAUGAUGAUGAUGUGAAGAAGAAGAACCAUGAUGUGUCAAGCAAAGAAGCUUCAUCGGUUUCAUAUUUCUUCCCUCUCUUUCGUUGCAACGCAGCCCAAGAUCAGAUCAAGCUUCAGUCUCUAGUUUUUUUAACACUUUUAUGCGUUGUGGAGAGCACCUUUACAAAGAAAAUUUAUUUAUGUUUGUAUAUAUAUAGAGAAACAGAGAUUCUGUAUAAGCCUUGCAGUUUGGUAAAUCAAUAUUCAGUUUUGACAGAGAUUUCUGUAAGAGAAAUAAAUAAUUGGUUAACCAAAUAAAUGAGUUAACUAACGGUGAAGUGUAAGAUAGAGUGGUUUGCUAGAGCUUCGAGUUUGUGAGCUUUAUAAGUUUUCUUCUUAAAAUUUUGCCAGAGGGAUUUUUGGGGAUUGAAGCCAAAAAUGUGACCUUAUGUAUCCUCUUGUACGGCGAUACCUAAGUAAUCUAAACAAAAACUUAGAAUAAAUCGUAGGAACCACACUGGAUUACGACAAAAAGGGUAUAUGCAUUGGUUGGAAAAACCUGUUUUGCUACGAAGCUCAUGAUUUCAAUUUCGGAUAAGUUACUUCCAGCUGUUUUUACGAUAUAUACCAUUGGAUAUUGCCCAGCUUUCAAGUCAGGGAUGCUUCAAAAAACAUAAGAAAGAAAAAGUAAAGAGCUACAGAAAAAAGGUCAUUAAAAAGAGAAGAAUUUAGUGGUGGAUCAUGUUAAAAGAAAAAUUCCUUACGGUAUUACUGCUGCAUCAGAAAUCUCUGGAUGAGCAAGCAAACCAGAGGAUCCGUACCUCUCAGUCUCCUCGUUAGUAAACAUAGAAGCAACUAUAGCCGCCAUCUCAGUCAAGCCAUAGCCUUGCAGAAAUUUAACGUUACUGUAUAUAUCUCUCAACGAACUUCUCCGUCACCUCUUUAAUAGUUUACCCAUUCUUCAAUAUCCUUACACUCCAAACGGUUUCUGCAUAUAAAAUCGUUUCAUAAAGUCUCCUUCUUUACAAUAGCACAACACAAUAAACAGAAUGGGAGCUUCUUUUUUUUUUUGAACAGCAAAAACAUUGUAUGAAUGAUGAGAUUUGAUGUUUUCACCUAUCCAUCUAAAUUAAGAGAGCUGAGAAACCGUUUGUAGGAUGAAGUGAAGGUAAUCCUGAUUGGAUCAGGAGAACUGAGAAACCAUUUGUAGACGGAAGUGGAUAAAAGCUUGAUUGGAUCAGGAGGACUAUCGCUAAUCCGUUGAUGCGUGCCCCUAAAAACGCAGAAGAGUCGAUCCCUCGCAGAAGCUUUCCUUUACAGUUUUGGCAACAGAGGUAAGGAGCAGAAGCAUAAUUAAGUUGCCCCUAAACCAUCACGCCUUGAUUGACCAGAGGUGGUAAAGUGAAUAUCGAACGUCACGGCAACGACUCCGUCUUCACGCAGACGCAAUGAUGGCAGGUGAGAGACGGUGGAUUGAUUUCAGGUCCGAUGAAGAGAUCAGAAGAGAAAUACUGACUUAUUUAUACAUGAUAUCACAGAUCCUCGCCGAUGCAAACGACACAUUGAAGAACUCGUACAAAACCAUAACACACUCCUUUUCAGAAACCGUGAGGAAGAUGGAUCAUCCCGUACCCUGUUUAAGAACUGGUUUUGGAUGUGGCAUGUCAUCCUAAAAGAAAAAGAAGCUCUAUUUUAUAUAAAUAGAUUUAAUUAAACUAUCUUUCACAAUUUACAUAAAUAGACAGUCAAGUGAUAUAAUCUGAUUUUCCCAACUAUUUAUUAGGUGUUAAUGAUAAGGAAAUUGAUACAAAUAUAAUGUAGACAUUUUUCUUUUUAAUGGAUUAUAAGUAAUCCAAAUAAAGAAUUAUAAUAUUAAAAACUAAAAAAGCUGAAAGAAUAAAACAAAAAAAUAGUUUAGAUAUUGUUGUCAAAAAAAAUUAAACAAAAUAUUAUCGAAAAAUUAAACAUAAAAAGAAAAUUAAGACAAAGACAUAAAAAAUCUGAUAGUAAUCUUCAAAUCUUUAAAUUCGGUUUUCAUGUUUUAGUUUUUGGAUCCCAAACAAAGUUACGAACGGCACAGCAAUAUGAAGACUUUAGAUUUACACCUUCUGAAUGUAAGUUUGUUAUUCUCCAUCCAAUCCAUAAACUUGGAUUUAUCUUGGUCAUAAAGGAUAUUGACUGAAUGUUGUUCUCUGUGUGUAAAUGUCAUCAUAUUGUUAUAUUGAUGCCACUGACUGACUUUAGUCUCUUGACGAUUCUCAAUCUUUUGGGAUAUCUGAAACGUAUUUUACGACAAUGUUUAGAUAUCGAAAGUAUAAUAAAAGUAUAAUAUAAAAUAUAUAUUGAUAUAUAAAAAUUACUUACAUCAACAUACAAAGAGAAUGAAGUUUUAUCAUCAUCCCAUGUGCAUAAUUCCUUUAGGAAAACAAAUCAUGGUCAAACAUAAAAAGUGGGCUUGCAAAAAGAUGGAUCUCGAGUUGUAGAAUACAUUUUUAGGAGUUCACCAUAGAUAUUUGGACGGCUGCAUGUUACCCGGUGAAUUUUAGGACGCUAGACUAAUUUAUUUUGUUCCUUUGCAAAGUAGUUUUUGAGUGGCAGAUUUUUAGUGAGCUAAUCAACUGCUUCCCAAUGCAAAGCCAUGAGAUACUUCUUCACAAGAUCAACUACAGAUUGUUUAUCCCUUAUGAGUAUGAACCAGAAAUGAAGUCAGAAUCCAGAAAUCAUGACACAGAGAACAAACCAAUGAAAGCUCACGGAAUCAGGUUAUAGCAUGAAAAAGUUUCUCAGCAGCUUUCCACCACAUAGAAAGUUAUCAGAUGGUAAUCAUUUACAUUAACAGUUAUUAAAUUAGUAGAACAACUUAAAUCUCAUGAACUAUAUUGAGGAUCUCAUAUGAAGAAUUGUCUUUCACAGAAACGAGAUACUAGUUAGGGAUUAAAGAAAGGAUCCCAAAUAAAUAUCAUAAAUAUGAUAAGAGUGGCCUAAAAAUAAUGUGAGCAAAUAGCUUAUGGUUUUGAGAAAUAUUCUUGGUCGCUUCAUGACAACCUUAUUACUCUUCCGAGAAACUUAAUAUUUCAAAGUAUCUCUCUAUCUAUUUUGAAUGAUGUGUGUUCGUCAUUUUCGAAUAGUAUGAGUUCGAAGUUUUGAGAUUAAAUAGGGAACAUGUAUGAGUGUUACCCAUGUUUUGCUCAGUUAAGACACUAUCUGUCUUUUUCUUUGCAAGUACAAAACAGAGGAUAGAGGAGAAACUUUGUGAUGCAUGAGAGAGAUUGCUGAAGGCUGUUGGUGCUGUGGCUUCCGGGUAAAAGAGUGGUGCUCGCUAAGGUUCUCGUGUGUAACUGAAUCUUCAAUUACAACAGUGACAAUGUAGACACGCUUUUUUUUUUGGAUAUAAACUCACAGUGUGACAAUUUUUAUUUGAGAGCAGAUUUUAAGAGUUCAAAGAAAGUGUGACGCCCGUCACUUUCGAAAUAAUAAUAAAAAUGAUGCGAUAAAUAAUAGUUUCUGAAAUCUUCAUUUAUAAAUAUAAAAGUCAACGUCCACGCUGUAAAUCCAUAAUAUAAAAUAACAUCCGAAAUAUAGAUAACGGUAUAAGUCCGAAAUAUAAAGACAACAUAAAUUCGUAAGUCUGAAAUAGGAAAUAACAUAAACGAUAAAAGCCCAAAGGCCUAAAAUCCCGAUAACGAUAAAAGCGAUAGAAGCCCAAAAGUCCAAUAGCACCGGUCCGAUAAUCACUCCUGCUCGUCGGUCUCACCUGAAAGGGGGAAAGAAGGAGGGGUGAGCAACAGGGGAGUUGCCCAGCGAGGUAUGGGAUGCUAAACCGCAAACCACAGACUGAGUUCAUAGCACUACUAAAAUGUAGGCAUAGCUCUAGCAUGAAACAAACACGGUGCCUAUUACACCACACAGAACAAUCAAUAUGCGGCUAGAGGACUAGCCGUUACAACUCAUGCGCUUAUAGUACAUAGCUACUCUAUGCACCACGCAUCUCCUCAUAAGGAUAUAUACAUAUACUCGAAGCGUCGCUAGUACAGUCUGUCUCUGUACCCCCGCCCAUCGUAGCGUCAAAUGCAAACGUCUCUGCACCACGCCCCAAACAGUAGCGUCGAAGCUCAAACGUCUCUGAACUCACGCCCAUACCAUACCGUAGCGUCGAAGCUCAGACAUCUCUGAACUCACGCCCUCAUCACAUAAUCCCUACUCAUAACUAUGUAUAUACAUAUAUAUAGCAGUUCUUAGCAUCAAUCAUUUCACACAAUCGUUGAAUCCUCUAUUAUCCUAAUUCCGGUUAACAAUCAAUAUCAAUAAUGAACAAGCAAGACUCUCAAACAGACUCGAUUCACA